AAAUGAAACAGUAUUGCAGUUACGUCGUGUAAUUAUCUAUAAAAUUCGUUGCUCAUAGUUGUUGUUUAAUUAAAUUGUGGAGUGUUCAUAAAAUGUAAAUUGUGCAAAGUGUCUGUGUUGUCGUUAAGUGUUGAGUGUCCAGUGGUAGUGUAAAGUGUUGCUGAUGGCUGAUGCUGACUUUCUAGUUCCUGAGCAAAAUCAUCUGGCAUCGUCUGGUGGGGAAAUAGCAGUUAAGUGACGUUUUUUAGCUGCAAUACACUUGGAGCAAUUUAAUUCAAAUCUCCAAGUGUAUUAGGACACCCUUCUGCAUAUUAUUUCCCCGCCAAGGUUUGUUCAAACACUAAAGUGUUUUUUUUUUUUUUUAUAUUUUUCUACCAUAUUCUGCCGCCAUUUUAUUUUGACGUACGAAUUUUAAUUUGGGUACAUUCGGAACUGAUAAAAUAAAAAAAUCGUCGAAGUUUGUUAUUUCCAUGAGACUGCGUCUCAUUAAUUUUAUUUAUUGGAAAUGUUCAUUACCGACACAUGAUAAUCUGAAUUUUUAAAAUCGCCGCCAUUAUUACGGUCGACAUUUUUAUUGUCUCAUUUUUUGGCAGUCGGGAUUCAGGUUCGUUAUAAUCAUGAGUUACUGCAAGAUUUAAUUGAUUAAUUACGCGACGAUAUUAAAUAUUAAAUGUUCCAACAAAUAAAUUUAGUAUCCAAGCUAAUAAAAUAUAAAAGUAUUAUUAGGUAAGUAAGAGAAUUAACUCAUUAUAUUAUAUAUAAAUUAAAAUGAAUCGCUGAUUAUCAAGUGUUUUUAACUAAUCUAUUCUUACUUAAAAAAAAAUUAAUCUGAACAAAAUGGUAAUGAAAUAAAUUCAAUUUGAAUAAAAAUUAAGCGCCGAGAAAGAAAUAAUGUCUGCAAAGUGUACGGAAGCUGACUCCAUCUUCAAGGCAAACUUUCUCGUCUUCACAAUCCGCGUUGUAGCGACCUCUUGCUGGAGUCUUUCACUACUUCAACUCCCACUGGAGUUCGGAGGCCCAGCCCAUCGUAGCGAGGACUUUCUCUGGUGGGGACUCACUCGAGGAGAAGUGGUCCAGCAUACGAGCGGAGGAGAGUCGACCGUGAAAUUAAAACAUGAUGAGGGCUCUAGAUUGAGACACGAGACGCUGAGAAGGAGAAAAGAUCGCGAGGGAGAAGACUAAGAGCGAGGGCAGUCGAUUGAACCGAGACGAGAAGGAUUUCAAGGACGCAUUCAUCGAUAAUUUUGUCGGUGCUUGAGAAUAAACGAAACAAAAUUAGUUUUAGCAACGUCAGUCUAAUAUCUCUAUACACCAUAAAGAUUUAAUUUACCAACAAAAAAAAUGUAAUAAUUUAAUUGAUUAAUUAAUUAAAUGAUUUAAUUCAAAAAGUUGCGGGAAGAAAAAUUGAUUAUAUAUAAAAAUAAUAAAAAAAGAAUUAAUUUUAUUGCAAAUUUUUAUUCCUCGACACACUAGAUGACGAUAAAGAACAGCCAGACGAGGAGAGAAAAAUUUCUAGAUCCUCAUCUCGAAUUUCUUGUACUCGAGGAACCCCUGUGGUGUUUAGGACACCCGUGGGCACCUUUCGCCCCACGUCUCAGCCUGUUCUCUUUCACGGAACUAGUUGAUAAUCCUCGGAAGGAUUGCCACGCGCGAACGCGGCCAAAAGGUUCACCCUCACAGCCCAAUAAUUCUGAUCCUAAGCCACACAUUUCUCCCACAACGCUCAUGAUCAAGUAGUCGAAGAAUUCGUGACCAUCGGGCCUGGAAUCGGUCUGACUGAGGAGACUCUUCCGGACGAUAGACCCAAUUGACAGAACCCGAAAAGCCCGAUCUAUCGGAGAUGAGCAUGAGGACGCAGGCGAGCGUGAAUAAGGGCUCUUUAUGUAUUACAUACCAUGGGAUAAAUUGUCCAGAAGUUUCCGUAGGCCGGCUCGCUUUGUAGGAUUAUGAGCCCGACUACGAGGAACGGGAACGAGCAACCACCAACAGCAAUGGCUACCAGUUACAAAUCACUGGGUACCAGUUACCAGUUGGCAGUUGCCACCUCGGUUGAUCUCUGUUGGCCUCAAUCCACUCGAUCAAUGUCUCCAUGCCGUUCUCGUUAGUUUUUUAUUGCUGCAUUCAUUCAAAAAUAUUAUCAUCCAUAAAUUUAAAGAAAUAACAUGCGGAAUUGACGGGUGAAUUUUUAUUUGAUAGACCAGGACCACGUCCAAUUAACAAGACCCUCGUGUUUGUCAACAGUUGACUUUGAAUUUUGACACUGAUGGAAAACCUGGAUAAUUACCCUGUAAAAUCAUAAUGUCAGGAGCAUUGGAAUGUCACCCCUACUAUUUCCGGGCUUUGGGUCUUGAAAGAAAAAUUAUCAGGAGCCUGGUAUCUGGAGUUGCGAUAACUUUUGGAGUAAGUACAAGAUGCCGGAGAAGGAGGUGGCUUACCACCAGGAGACCUUUUCCCUGUUGCCGCCUGCACCUCCGCCGCACCACCCCCACUCGGCAUUUCAUGCGGCCUUUCACCCUCAUCCUCAUCAUGGGCCGCCUCCGCCGCCGUUUCAUCCGCACCAUGGACCGCCCCCGCCACCCCAUCCAGCAGUCACCGCAGCAUGGGAACAUCACGCGGCCGCGGCUGCUGCUGCAGCGGCUGCUUUCCACGCUCCUCCGCCUCAUCCAUUAACUGGAGGAUCUCCAGCAAUCGGCAGUGCAGGCAGUCCAGGGUGUGGAGCCGCAAGUGGUAACGGAGGUGGUGACCCAGGGACAGGAACACCCGGUGCAAACGGCACUGCGACCGGUGAUUUCUUCCGUCGUAGUCAUCCACUUUCAGACCAUACGCCACUGCACCCAGCCUACCGUAUUAACUACAUGGACCACCUUUACCACCAGAUACAGGCCUCUUCUCACAGUCCCAACGCCUCAUUACACGGGCUGGGUGGAUUGGGGCCAGAGUAUCUCAUACACGCAGCAGGGCCAGCAAGUACCUUAGCGUCAUCCGAGUUUCCUUUUUCCAUCGAUGCGUCUUCAAGACUGGGAAGCCCACGUGCCUCAGCAAUAAGAGCGAGUCGCAAACGCGCAUUGAGCAGUUCUCCGUACUCAGAUCGGUUUGACAUAGACAGCAUGAUCCGAUUUAGCCCCAACAGCUUGGCAUCGAUCGUCAAUGGAUCGAGGAGUAGCAGCGCCAGCGGUAGUUACGGCCACCUUUCAGCCGCAAUGAGUCCAGCACUGAGUAUGCAUCCAGGAAUGGCACCACAUAUCCAGCAAAUCCAAGCCCACCUCCUCCGUAGUGCAGCGGCCCUUCUUCCCCAUCCCCUUCAGCCACCAGCUCCACCGCCACCUCAUCCGCACGGACAUCCACAUUCUCACGGUCUCUCGCCGCACAGUCAGCUCUUCGUUCCGCCGCACUCAAGUGCCACGACGACGGUGGGUCCUCACGGUGUCCUGCCUUCUAAAACGGAGGGCACAGAGUCAUGUAGAAAGGGAUCUGACACGUCAAGCAGAUCGAUUGCCGCCGAAGCAGAUACAUCAUCACGGAGGCAGACUAAAGUGAAGCGGGAACCGGCUACGACGACGACGGCCACUUCAACGACGCAGCCGCUCACGCAUCCCCAGGGGCUAAGUCCCAGCGAGGACUUGAGGGACGAGCCGGGAGAUUUUAUUGAGACCAAUUGCCACUGGCGAGACUGCGGUCUCGAGUUUCCAACUCAAGAUGAUCUCGUUAAGCACAUCAACAAUGACCAUAUUCAUGCGAAUAAAAAGAGCUUUGUUUGCGGAUGGGAGGAUUGUUCGAGAGAGGAAAAACCAUUCAAGGCUCAGUACAUGCUUGUUGUUCACAUGAGACGGCAUACAGGUGAAAAGCCUCACAAGUGCACGUUUGAAGGCUGCUUUAAGGCGUACUCGAGACUUGAGAAUUUAAAAACCCACUUGAGAUCUCAUACCGGUGAAAAACCUUAUACUUGCGAGUAUCCAGGUUGCAGUAAAGCUUUUAGUAAUGCCAGUGAUCGAGCUAAGCACCAAAAUAGAACUCAUUCUAAUGAGAAACCGUAUGUUUGUAAAGCGCCAGGAUGUACUAAAAGAUAUACAGACCCAUCGUCACUGCGAAAACACGUGAAAACAGUACACGGAGCUGAAUUUUAUGCAAAUAAGAAACAUAAGGGUGGCAAUGAUGGGGGAGGAAGCGACGAAGCGGGUGCUGGAGGUAACAGUCCAAGUAGGAGUGAAGAUUUGCAUCCGAAAACGCCGAGUCUGUCGAGUCCGAGUGUAAAAUCUGAGAGCGAGGCCAAUAGUCCUCCGGGAAUGAUUCAGCAGCAAGGAAGUCCUCUGGUUGGUGGAUGCACCGACGAAAUGGUGGGUGUUGGUGGUAUGGCUGUCGACGGCGUGGUUCUAGACGAGCCUUGGAGCGAGGAACCAGAUAAUCUGGACAUCGCGGACCUUCCAGUCGCUCUACGUGCGAUGGUAGGAGGGAUGGAGACCCAACAGGUACCUCCGCACUCGCGGAAUCGCAUGAAGGGUCGGCUUAAUGUGAAGGCGAUGCCUUCACUGGCACCGGGCGUCGGGAUUCGUGGCACCCGGAUCUCUGGACAGGCUUCUCAGGGAAACAUCGGCGAUCUGAAUCGCAGAAUCACGGAUCUGAAAAUGGAAGGUGGCAACACGCGGCAGACUAGUCUUGCUGACCUGCAAUUGAGGCUGCAGCCUCUGAGCGAGCCUCGGCGUGACAGCAACAGCACUGUCAGCACUUACUAUGGCAGCAUGAGGUCUACGGACUUUGGUAGUCGGAGAAGUAGUCAAGCAAGUGCCGUAAGUGCUGUGAGAAUCGGACCCGCGGGUCCCGGAAGCUUUUACGAUCCAAUUAGUCCGGGUACUUCGAGAAGGAGUAGUCAAAUGAGUACCACUUCCGGCAGAAUUAAUCCUCCUGGGCCUCUUCAGACUCAAUACAAUACUAACAAUCUUGUUGUGCAAACUCAGAACAUGUCUUUACAGGGAGUUCAAGGUAUUCCUAGCGAGUGGACAGCAACCAGUCAUUGUCUUCCUCAGCCAUCCGGUGACCGUAGAAUGUCCGAACCCACUCGUGGUUAUCAAGCACAAAGAACCUCUCCACCAGUUCCACCGAGACCUAGAUCAGCUCAACUACCCGAGCUCCAUCCAAACCAAGAAGUCGUGCUGGAUGAAGUGGGUGAGGGAGAGAUGGUAGAGAACAAACUAGUUAUUCCAGACGAGAUGAUGCAGUACCUGAAUGAAGUUCAAGCUGGUGGCAACCAGAUUAAUUACCGCGGCAGUCCGCUGCCUAUUUGCCAGUCACCGAUUUGCACAAACCCUCUCCACUAUCAGCGCCAGCAAAAUUGUAACUACACCAAUCAGCACAACCAACAGCAAACCUGCUAUCCACCGCAGUCGCCUCAAGUCCAGCAGCAGCCGCAGCAGCAGAUGCAAACAAACUGUCAAAAUUACCAAGUACCCUCUCCAGCUUACUCGCAUUGUCCCAGCUCACGUAUGAGCCAGGCUUCCGGCUACUGCCCACCGCAAAACUACGGACAAGUUCAAUCUUGCGGCUCUCAAAUGCAGCCUAGUCCCGUGAGUCAAGUAAUGUCACCGGGAUCUCACUACGCGCCCAGUCAAAUGAGUGACCAACCGAUGACUUCUCCAGCAGCCGGUGCGCUGCCACCUCAGCACGGAAUGCCACAGAAUAUCCAACAGACUUCUGCGCAAUUGACUCGGAACUGCAAUCAGCAGAACCACCAAGUCUACUAUCAAACCUACGGCUGCCAAGGGCAAGUCAACACCAACUGCGCGGGCCAACAAGCUCAUCCUCAAGCUCAAAACUGCUCUCCAGUCUCUCACUCGCCCGGUCUCGUCCAGCCUUGCACCCAAAUCCGCAAUUGCCCGCAGAUGUCUCCCCACUGCACGCAAGUUCCAAGUCCCGGGGCGCGCAUCAAUAUGCACAACACCCAGUGUGCUGGCCAGCAAACUCAGACCCAAUGCAAUCGAGUAAAUAAUCACGUCAUGAAUGACAUCGCCGUAAGAAACGUUAUUCCAGGUAAUGACCAGCUACGUGACGUGAAUAUCAACAGUCCUGCUAUAGGCCAGUGCCCGACAAUGCAGCACUGUGCCCCAGGCGCUAUAAAACCAAUGCAAAAUAUGCAAAUAAAUCCAGGACAACCAGCACCAGCUUCAUCUCCAGCCAACAAUCUACAGUGCACUCAACUAGGCGCGAAUUGCGUCCAUCCAGGUAUCGCCCACUCGCCGAGACAUAAUCAUGCAAAUCAACAACUCAAUUUACCCAAAGGCAUGACUCCAAUCUGCGCAAGGCAAAAUAAUUGCCGGGUCCAGUCUCAAUGUGGCUGCGAACCAGCAGCCACUCAGUGCGCCCACAACCAGUUCGGAUGCAACUGCCAAUGGAAUUACUCCGAGUGCUUCAACGGCCACAACAUGGGCGAGAUCCAGUGCCGUGACAUCAGCCAAUCUCAGCAAGGCUCGCCCGCGAAACCUCCCCAGGGCAUGAGACAGGAUUCGUACCGCAGAACACUCGAGUAUGUGCAGCAGUGUCGCAACUGGUCCGGCACCCAAAUUCACGAGACCAACGUCUCCAGUUCCACUCAUCCUCUGUCCCUUCCUCAGCCUCUGCCCGCGAGUUCCAACAUGGUCGUCAACGACAUGACCUCGUCCCUGAGCUCUCUUCUUGAGGAAAACAGAUUUCUGCAAAUGAUUCAGUAAAUUUUGUUUAGCUUGAGUCGUUUUAUUUUACAAUCGAUAAUCGAUCAUUAUUAUUAUUGGUCUUGGGAAUAAAUAUAUUUUUUUUGACUACCUCCCGGUGGCCCAUGUGCCUUCUACGCAACCCAGUGCCUUUAUUAAAUAUUUAUUACAUUAAAUACUAAUAAUUUUUUAUAAAAAUAACAUUAAUGAUAACAAUUGUAGUUUAUUAAAUUUCUAAAAAAUACUUUAGAUAUUUUUAUCUAGUGAAAGUAACCGUAAAAUUUUAUUGGAGUGAGAAAUAUUACGAAUUAUAUUUUAAAUAAAAUGAAUAAUUACUCUACUGUACUGUAAUAACAUUUAAAUUUAUCGAGCUCAGUUAAGAGUGUACGAUGUACGCUGUGAUAAAUAUUAAAAAUACAAAUUAUUAUCUAUUAAAAAUAAUAAUAAUAAGCUUUCUUUAUAUUAUUGUAAUGUUUACUAAGUAAUUGAUCAAUUAUUUUUAUCAUAUUAAUUGCAUUUAUGUAAUUAAUGUAGACACUGCAAGGCCAAUAUUAAAUUUUAAGAUGUAGAUAAAAUGUAGAUCAUAUUUUUUUUUUUUUAAUAUUAACUCUUAUAUUAAUUACAGUGAAACAAUCACGUGUUAACAUUUUCCAUGGAUCUAUUGUACUAAUUAAUUAAAAUGGUUUUAAUUUUUUUUUUAAUGAAAAAAGAAAAAUUAUUUCGUGGAAAAUGUUUUUCGGAGAGUUAGAGACUUAGUACCUAGAGGUUUUCUUAAAUUUUUAUUAAUAUAAUUUAAUUUUAAGUGAAUUUUAUAUUUACGUAGACAAUAAUUAAUAAUUAAUUAAUUAAAAUAUUUUGUGAAUAUUAUACAUAUCUGUAAAUCAUUUUGUAUCAAUAGAAUAGAAUAGAAUAUAAUAAAUAAAAUAUU